AUGAGCGACAGUCUAGAAAGACUCGAUCUCGACAACAAUAAGAUCACAAGUGUGGAGUUCGAUAGUUGGGCGACUCCAAAAUUGAGGAAACUCUAUCUCUACAGCAAUUUGUUGGCCUCUGUCCCGGCCUUCAAGAGCGACAGCAUAGAAAUACUCUAUCUCAACGACAAUAAGAUCUCGAGUGUGGAGUUCGAUGGAUGGACGACACCCAAUUUGAAAAAACUCUAUCUCUACAACAAUUUCUUGACAACUGUCCGCGAUUUCAAGAGCGAAAGUCUAGAAAUACUUCGCCUUGAUAACAAUGAGAUCUCGAGUGUGGACUUCGAUGGAUGGUCGACUCCCAAAUUGAGAGAGCUACAGCUCUACAACAAUUCCUUGACCUCGGUACCGGCCCUCUAUAGCAACAGCCUAGAGUUACUCGGUCUCAAUGACAACAUGAUCAGGGUUGUGGAGUUUGAUGGAUGGACGACACCCAAUUUAAAAAAACUCUAUCUCUACAACAAUUUCUUGACAUCUGUCCCGAACUUCAAGAGCGACAGCCUAGAAAUACUGAGUCUUUACAGCAAUAAGAUCACGCACCUGGUGUUCGAUGGAUGGGCGACUCCCAAUUUGAUAUCGCUCGAUCUUCACGACAAUUUGUUGACCUCGGUCCCAGCCUUCAAAGGCGACAAUCUUGAAAUGCUUAGUCUGUACAGCAACAAGAUCUCGAAUCUGGAGUUCGACAAGUGGGCAACACCCAAAUUGAGGGAACUGCAUCUUCACAAUAAUUUAUUGCCCUCUGUUAAGAACUUCAAGAGCGAAAGUCUAGAAAUACUUCGCCUUGAUAACAAUGAGAUCUCGAGUGUGGAGUUCGACGGUUGGGCGACACCGAAAUUGACGCGGCUCGAUCUCGACAACAAUUUGUUGGCCUCUUUCCCGGCCUUCAAGAGCGACAGCAUAGAAAUACUCUAUCUCAACGACAAUAAGAUCUCGAGUGUGGAGUUCGACGGAAGGGCGACUCCCAAUUUGAAAAAACUCUAUAUCCACAACAAUCGGUUGACUUCUUUGCCAGACUUCAAGAGCGACAGCCUAGAAAUACUCUGGCUCUUCAACAAUUUGUUCACCUCUGUCCCGGUAUUCAAGAGCGACAGUCUAGAUACACUUAGUCUUCGUGACAAUAUGAUCGCGACCGUGGAGUUCGAUCGAUGGGUUACUCCUAAAUUGAGACAUCUGGAACUUCUAAACAAUUUGUUGACCUCUGUCCCGGCUUUCAAGAGCGAUAGCCUAGAGAUAAUUGAUCUUCAUAACAAUGAGAUUGCACGUGUAGAGUUCGACGGAUGGGCCACUCCCAAAUUGAAGAUUCUUUAUCUCUCUGAGAAUUUGUUGACCUUUGUCCCGGCAUUCAAGAGCGACAGCUUAGAAAGACUCAGUCUUCACACGAAUAAGAUCACGAGUGUGGAGUUCGAUCAAUGGGUUAUUCCCAAACUGAGGCAUCUAGAACUUCAAAAUAAUUUGUUGACCUCUGUCAAAGCCUUGAAAAGCAACAACUUAGAAAUACUCGAUCUCAGUGACAAUAAGAUCUCAAGUGUGGAGUUUGAUGGAUGGGCGGCUACUAAUUUGAGGGAAUUCAGCAUUGCACGAAAUCCUCUGUCGAGGCCCCCUACUGCAGCAAUCAAGGGCAUGAAGAAUCUGGAGAAGUUCUACUGUUCCGAGUGCAAUCUCGGACCAACUCUUUCUCGAGGUGCCCUGGAAUUCCAGAGCAAGGCCUUGAAUGUAGUAACGCUCGAGGGGAACAACAUCUCCGAAUUAGAGAAAGGAGCCAUCACAGGUAUAACGCCUCCUUACAUCUGA